UGUGCUAUUUUCUGACAGUACAAUAGUUGUGCCACCAAUCGAAUUUUCUCUUUAUAGACAUCGGCCACUAGCCAAAAAUAAUAAAAAGGAGAACCACAGCCAUAGGAUGAGUUAGCAAUGGCAGAAGCAAGAACCAUUGGUUCUAUCUCGGUGCCUAAUGUGCAGGAGCUUGCAGGAACUUGCAAUGGCAUAGAUGAGGAGAUACCUGAAAGAUACAUCAGGCCAGAAGUUAGUUCCGACGAGGUCAUCAAGAACAACCACGGUGAUAUGUCGAUUCCGAUCAUCGAUCUCGACAAGUUGAUUUCUCCUCAAUCAUCACAAGAGGAGUGUGUCAAGCUGAUAUCUGCCUGCCAGUAUUGGGGGUUCUUUCAGCUCAUCAACCAUGGAGUGCCAGAUGAAGUGAUUGCAAAUCUCAAGAACGACUUGGUUGAGUUUUUCAGUCAGCCACUGGAUGCCAAGAAGGAAUACUCACAGCUGCCCAAUAACCUUGAAGGUUAUGGACAGGCCUUCGUUGUGUCCGACAACCAGAAACUAGACUGGGCAGACAUGCUAUACCUUCAAGUCUGUCCUACCGAUUCAAGGGACUUGAGAUUCUGGCCCAAUUACCCUGCCUCUUUCAGGCAUUCCAUUGAUGCAUACUCAUCAGAGACAGAAAAUAUUGGACUCUGCCUGCUGCAAUUCAUGGCCAAGGCCGUUGGUGUUGAGCCGAAGUCGUUGUUAAGUGUAUUUGAAGGGCAAGCUAGGGGUUUGAGGAUGAACUACUAUCCACCGUGCUUGAAAGCUGACAAGGUGUUGGGUUUGUCACCGCACACUGAUCCAGGUGGCUUGACACUGCUUCUCCAGGUGAAUGAUGUACAGGGCCUGCAGAUCAACAAGGAUGGCAAAUGGUUCUCCGUGAAUGCUCUGAAUGGUGCACUCAUCGUUAACAUUGGCGACACACUUGAGAUCCUGAGUAAUGGAAAGUUCAGAAGUGUUGAGCACAGGGCCGUGGUACAUCCAAGCAGAGAGAGGAUUUCAGCGGCACUGUUCUACUAUCCGUGCCAGGAUAUGGUGAUCAGCCCUCUGCCGGACUUUGUGAAAGAUGGUAAAGUGAAAUACAAAACAAUAAGCUACCAGGAUUUGCUGACAGAGUACUUCACAGCAGAGCUUGAUGGAAGGAACCGGCUAAAGAAAAUGAAGCUGGAACCGUAGCCAUCGACCAUGAUGCAUGUAACAAUUUUAUAAGAAGAACCUGCUUUCAGGUUGUGUCCUACUUACUGUAUCUGCUAUCUACUCUCUUCAUCCUAAAAUAAAUAAACAUAGUACAUAUAUGAUACAUCAUAGUACCAUAAAUUAGAAAAUGUUACAUCGUGUACUAUGUUUUUUUAAAAAAUUUGGGAUAUAGGAAA